UUCGCUUUACAUGUUAGCGUAAUCCUUCUUUUUGAGAAAACGUAUGAUCACGAAAAACGUGCAGCAGUGAUUCAGUUUGAACUGACGAACGCUCCUGAAUCUAUGCGAGACCCCAAAAUCGAGGUGAGUAGUCAGCAGUAAAAGGUCAGACAUAUUUCAACAAAAUGGCCCCGGAACAGAUAUCAGUGAUUGAGACAGCAGAGGAUGUUGCCCAGCAGAGUGCAAAGGAAGAAGACGAGCAGGGAGAAACUAUAUGUACCAGCUGGAGAGACAGGCGCUACAUGGAGAAGUUCAUCUACACCGUCUUCCUGGCAAUAGCCUUCUCCAUGUUGGGUGUGUGUAUUGGUCAGAGAGGACCUUCCUUCCUGGACCUCCAGAUAAUCACCGACACAGACGUAGAAAGGGGAUCAGCAUUCUUCACAGCAGGUUCCGACGGCUACCUGGUCGGGUCUCUCAUCUGCGGCAUUGUGUACGACAAGUUCAACAAGAUCCUCACAAUGUUCCUCCUGACUCUCUGCAUGGGUGUCAGUACCGGGAUACUGCCAUUCUGUUCACUCUAUGGCUUGAUGGUGGCCAUCCAUCUCGUCACAGGGGCGUUCAUGGGCGGAGUCGACACAUGUGGGAAUGCAGAGCUUGUUCGAACAUGGGGGAGCAAUGGACGUUCAGCAAUGCAAACAACUCAUUUUGCAUUUGCGUUUGGUGGAGUUAUCUCCCCUCUUAUGACCCAGCCCUUCCUGUCACCAUUACGAGAUGAGACCAACGCUACAACAGCUCCACCUGGUGUUGGGCUUAGUGGGAUGAAUAUCACAGUCACCUCAGCAUAUAAUAUAUCUUCAAAUUCAACAUUGGCCCCGACUGAGGAGAAACAAACAACAAUAGUAUUUUACGCUUAUAUAAUUUCUGCUGUAUUGACUACAUUCUUUGCUUUUCCAUUUUUAAUAUCAUAUUGUCGUGAAAAAUCUCAAACAAAGAAGCGAACAGCAGGGGAGGAUACUUCCGAGCCCCAAAGUAUAUCACGUCCUGUGUUCGUCUUCACGAUCGCAAUGAUCUGUGUGACAUACAUGCUGUACUGUGCAGUUGAGGACAGUUUCGCAGCAUACUUGGUGACCUUUGUUGUGAAGCAUCUACGUUGGAGCAAGUCUAGAGGAACAGAAUUAACAUCAGCAUAUUGGGCAUCAUUUGCUGGCGGGCGAUUCCUCGGCAUCUUUUUCGUAAAAUUUAUCACUCCCGUCAAGUUGCUAUUUAUAUGCUGUUUUUCUCUAAUAGCAUCACUUGUGGCUUUUCUGUUUUGUGCACAGUACGAUAUCACAAUAGGCAUUUGGAUCAGCUCGGUCACAACAGGACUCUCAAUGUCUGUAUUCUUCCCGACAGGGUUGACGUGGACAGAGGAAGAGCUGUUAAAUAUGUCGGGGAGAGUUGCAUCUGCCAUUUUGAUAGCUUCAUCUUCGGGAACGAUGGCUAACCCCAUAAUACUGGGAUAUCUGAUGAAUGAGCACAGUCUCAUGUGGUAUGCAUAUCUCCUCACGGUCGAAAGUAUUGCAUGUCUCCUCAUGUUCAUCAUCCUUCUCAUCUACGCUCGCACGUUCCUGAAAAAGAGGAAACAAAGUGCUGUAAUAACAAUAGAACUAAAAGCCAAUGGUCCGUCAUCUCAGGUUGAAGAAAAAUUUCUGUAAGCAUAUCAAAAUGUGAACCUGUUUAUGAAAUGUCUAAAUCCGAGGCUAUACACAAGACUGAAGCUUUGCCACUGUUGCUCUUCCUCUUAUCAGUAUCUGCCUUAAUAUGCAUUUUGUCAGCUCAGAAAGGUGGGGGUUGUUCUAAGAAACAGAGACAAAUAGAACAUUUUCAGUGAUCAAGCAGUAAAAAGGUUUUUUAACCAUUCUGCACAGUAAAAUCAUGAGUAACAGACACAAGAAAAUUUGAUUGUAUGUAUAUGUUGAACUUACAGGAGCUUGCUUACAUAAAAUACUUACAUUGGUUUAGAAGUUGGUGAGGGGUCACCUAUUGUAGCAGAGUGCUUAAUACAGGAAACAGGGUAUAUUGAAUAUAUCAGACAUGUACUUAUAAGGGAGGUCAAGGUCAUCUUUGCCAGAGUUAUAGGCAUUAGGGAUGCAUUUGUAAUACAUUGUAUCUUAGGUAUCACAAGGUCCAUUUUCAUUUGUAAAUUUCAGCGUGAAAAAACAAAUGUGCAAUAAUCAAUAUUCAGUGAGAAUGUUCCAUAUUUGGUCAUGGUGUUAAUCAAUACCCCACUCUGUAGAACUGUUUUCUUCACAGUCAACGCAAUGAAUAACGAGUUAUAAUAACCAAGAUGUUCAAUUUGAAUUGUUGUAAUGAAUCGACACUGUCCGGGUUAUUUAUUACUAUGUUCAGCACCUACAAGCCCAGUGUUACAAGCCUGACUAUGUGUUUUGUUACAUACUGUUUCCCUGAAGAUGUGUUUUGUUACAUACUGUUUCCCUGAAGAUGUGUUUUGUUACAUACUGUUUCCCUGAAGAUGUGUUUUGUUACAUACUGUUUCCCUGAAGAUGUGUUUUGUUACAUACUGUUUCCCUGAAGAUGUGUUUCGUUACAUACUGUUUCUCUGAAGAUGUGAUUUGUUACAUACUAUAUUCCUGAACACAGUUCAGAAUACAUAUGGAGGCACGCUAUUUCCUUGAUAACUUUGUUAACAUUGAUUCAUUUACAUGAAUUCUGUUAUUUGGAAUAUCAAAUAUCGAUGUGGCUUUUGUUUUUGUUGAUUUAUAUUUUAUUUGUUGAAGAAGGAAAUAUUUUGUUCCAAGGGUUAGGUUUCCAUGGAAACUAUUUUUAAGUGUUGUGUUUGAAUGUCUAUGAGACAGAUGAUUUACCACUAUAUCGCCUAGUUGAGUCUCCAGGUCUAGCACUUCAGUCAACCUUGGAUCCUUGACCAUAUCAACAUUAUAAUCAUCGAGCCAACAUUGACAUAAGGGAAAGGGGAGAUAACUGAUAUUCAAAGCAACCACCAGUUUUAAUCGACAUGAAAACAUCCUUCCCAUCAAAAGGUUUUAGAAGGCUUUUGUUUAAGAGUCUGUCAGUUUUUCAAUGUUGAACAUCUCGAUCAUACAUCUCGAUAAUACUCCAUGAGACUGGCCACCAUGGUGUUGAUAUUGCCUCACUCAACACUGAGGCAGGUUUGUAACUUGCAGUCUGCAUGGUACAUUCAACAUAGCAUCGUAGCCAAUCAAAUUGCAGCUGAAAUCAAGGGCAGGUAAUUUGAGAGUAUGAGAACCAUAGAGGAAUGGAUCCAAGGGUUAGUGAAGGUUUACUGCAGUGCCAGCCCGGAAGGAAAUACGUUUUUGCCAAAUGUGUUUGGUAAUCUCGGUGAAAUUUAAUCCAUAAAAUUGUCAGCUUUAACAUAUUUUACAUGCAAUAUUUUUAUGUCUGGUUCUAUUGAAAUCAAACUUGGCCUUUCGUUGAUUUUAUCAUCUUCCUUCCAAAAGAUCACAAAUGUUAACAGAAAUACCAACUUUUAGAAAAGUUUUGAUUUCUUUGUUUAUCACAUAAAGAUCAAACUAGAGGGGAAUGGAGUUUAACCUGUAACUCAUAUAUGAACAAUCUUUUUCCUUGACUUCAAGUUUUAGCUGAUUGGAAGUAAAGUGCUUUUCAGUUUUCACAUUUUUCACAUUUGAUUUCUUUUGGAAUGGAUGUAUUUGUCAAUCGAGUCAUAGAAAAUCUCUUACCGAACGAUACUGUUGCUUUAAAACAUUUGGUUCACAAUUUAAUUGCUGCAUGGUUUUAUUGUAUGCAUUUCUGGUUGUUGUUGCCAUGUUUAUACACUGGCAACAUUGUACCCCACACUUGGUGGGGUGUUAUGUAUAAAUGAUACUAAGUAAUUUUGUUUUUAGUAUGUACGCAGUACUGUUGAUCAUAUCUGAUAGCAAAUACUACUAUCUAGUCAAGAUUUGUCACACUCUUCUGACGAGAUUAUUUACCAGUUACCAACUGAUAUUUAUUGUGUUUUUUCAGAGCAAACCAAAAUAGACUCUUGACCUAUGAACCAAUCUGUAAAUUGUGUAAGAUCAAAAGAAUUCCACUUUGUACUGAACAAAACCCCAAUCACCACCAAACACCAACGAGUGAGCUACAGUGCCCAUUUCUCUUACUUGCAGGUCCUGAAUAUAUGUCUACAGAUUUGCUGAGUUGGCAAAACUCCGAGCAAACAACAGAGCAACAGACCCUCCCUUUACUUUACGUAUUCGGAUAAACAUUGAUUCAUUUCAACUCAUUUCAGCAGGGUACAUGGUUAAUAGUUAUUGUUCUUUAACUUAAUUUGAGUAGUUUACAUUUUCAACAAGUACAUAUAUGCAUAUACAUAUCCAAGUAUUCUGAUAAUUGUCUUAAGAAUACUCCAUGGCAAGAAAGGGCUAUAUUCAAAAUGACAUUCC